AUGAGGAACCUAGAAAUGAUUCUUGAUGGAACAAAAGUGGAAGGGACCAUAAUGAUGCAUUCCUACAACUUAGUUGUCCUCCUGUUCAAACCCAAUGAUACUGCUGAAAGCCUUGAAAUUUUUGCCAGUGACAACGAGAAUAUUUUUGGCUCCUCAUAUGAAGUGUAUGAUCAGAGACUGGUUGGCCUGAGUGUGCAGGGCAAGAACAUAUCAGGACUACAGCAGCGUGUCAACAUCACCGUGGAGAUUACCAGGAAGAUAAAUGAAACCCAAACACCCUCCUGUCAGUUCUUUGAUUUUUCAACAAACAGUUUUAGUCAGGAUGGCUGCAUCACUCUGUCGACACCCAGUAAUGUCACCUGUUCCUGUGACCACUUCACAUACUUUGCUGUGCUCAUGGUGCCCGUUUCCAUCUCACUUGAAGACCAGGAGAUUUUAACAUACCUUACACUGACUGGCUGCUGUUUUUCCCUUUUAACUCUGGCCAUUGCUGUUUUGCUCUUCAUCACAAAUGGGACACUCAGAGAAGAUGCUUCUAUGAAGAUCCACAUCAACCUCGUAAUUGCCCUGAUCCUCCUCAACCUGCACUUCCUGCCCAGUCAGACAGUGGCAGCAGGGUCCUCCACUGGACUUUGUUUUUAUAUGGCUCUUUUACUUCACUACUCCCUGCUGGCCACUUUCAGCUGGAUGGCCUUGGAGGGAUUCAACCUCUACCUUCUUGUUGUCAAAGUCUUCGACAUCUAUGUCAGCAGAUACCUGCUGAAACUCUGUGUGGUGGGAUGGGGUGUCCCUGCAGUCAUUGUGUCAGUGGUGGUGAUCAUAGACAGAGCGUUUUAUGGUCAUGUCUCUAACUCAGAUGGAACUGCAAUAUGCUAUAUCACCAAUGAAACUGUGAAAGUGGUGACUACAGCAGGACUGUUCUCCAUGGUGUUCUUCUUUAACAUGAUCAUGUUUGGGGUGACAGUCAGACGUGUUUUCAGUGUUGGGCAUCGCAAAAAGUUUGGACAUAUUGACCGUAAAAGAGUCGGGCAACAUAUUUGUCGUCUGCUGGGAGUCAGUGCUCUGCUUGGCAUUACCUGGGGCCUGGUCUUCUUCUCAUUUGGAUCCCUGACCACUCCUGGUGUCUACCUUUUCUGCAUCCUGAACUCACUGCAAGGUUUCUUCAUCUUCCUGUGGUUUGUGAUGUCACUGAGAAAGGCUAAAAACUCAGUUCCUCCAACGAGCAGUGAAACGCGCAGCACCAUCAACCAGCUUAAAGACUACUAGAAACAUAUCAAGAAGUGCGUUGGU